AUGGAGCUGAGGCCCUGGUUGUUCUGGGUGGUAGCAGCAGCGGGAGCCUUGGUCCUGCUGGUGGCCGAUGCCCACGGAGAGAAGGUCUUCACCAACACCUGGGCUGUGCACAUUCCUGGAGGCCCAGCCGUCGCUGACCGUGUGGCACGCAAGCAUGGGUUCCUCAACCUGGGCCAGAUCUUCGGUGACUAUUACCACUUCUGGCAUCGAGCGGUGACAAAGCGGUCCCUGUCUCCUCACCGCCUGCGGCACAGCCGGCUGCAGCGGGAACCUCAAGUUAAGUGGCUGGAGCAGCAGGUGGCAAAGCGACGGGCCAAACGGGACAUAUACCAGGAGCCCACAGACCCCAAGUUUCCCCAGCAGUGGUACCUGUCUGGCAUCACCCAGCGGGACCUGAAUGUGAAGGAGGCCUGGGCCCAGGGCUACACGGGGCGCGGCAUCGUGGUCUCCAUCCUGGACGACGGCAUCGAGAAGAACCACCCAGACUUGGCAGGCAAUUAUGAUCCUGGGGCCAGCUUCGAUGUCAAUGAUCAGGACCCUGACCCCCAGCCCCGGUACACGCAGAUGAAUGACAACAGGCAUGGCACGCGGUGUGCGGGAGAGGUGGCGGCGGUGGCCAACAAUGGUGUCUGUGGCGUAGGUGUGGCCUACAACGCCCGCAUUGGAGGGGUGCGCAUGCUGGACGGCGAAGUGACAGAUGCGGUGGAGGCACGCUCACUGGGCCUGAACCCCAACCACAUCCACAUCUACAGUGCCAGCUGGGGCCCUGAGGACGACGGCAAGACCGUGGAUGGGCCAGCCCACCUGGCUGAGGAGGCCUUCUUCCGGGGGGUCAGCCAGGGCCGUGGGGGUCUGGGCUCCAUCUUUGUCUGGGCCUCAGGGAACGGGGGCCGGGAACAUGACAGCUGCAAUUGCGAUGGCUACACCAACAGCAUCUACACGCUGUCCAUCAGCAGCGCCACACAGUUCGGCAACGUGCCCUGGUACAGUGAGGCCUGCUCGUCCACACUGGCCACCACCUACAGCAGUGGCAACCAGAACGAGAAGCAGAUUGUGACCACUGAUCUGCGGCAGAAGUGUACAGAGUCUCACACGGGCACCUCUGCGUCUGCCCCCCUGGCAGCAGGCAUCAUCGCUCUCACCCUGGAGGCCAAUAAGAACCUCACCUGGCGGGACAUGCAGCACUUGGUGGUCCGGACCUCAAAGCCAGCCCACCUCAAUGCCAAUGACUGGGCCACCAACGGUGUGGGCCGCAAAGUGAGCCAUUCGUACGGCUAUGGGCUGUUGGAUGCCGGCGCCAUGGUGGCUCUGGCCCAGAACUGGACGACGGUGGCCCCCCAGCGGAAAUGCAUCAUCGACAUCCUCACUGAGCCCAAGGACAUCGGGAAGCGGCUGGAGGUGCGGAAGACCGUGACCGCCUGCCUGGGGGAGCCCAGCCACAUCACACGGCUAGAGCAUGCUCAGGCGCGGCUCACCCUGUCCUACAACCGCCGUGGUGACCUUGCCAUCCACCUGAUCAGCCCAAUGGGCACCCGCUCCACCCUGCUGGCCGCCAGGCCACACGACUACUCUGCAGAUGGGUUUAACGACUGGGCCUUCAUGACGACCCAUUCCUGGGAUGAGGAUCCCUCUGGCGAGUGGGUCUUAGAGAUUGAAAACACCAGCGAAGCCAACAACUAUGGGACGCUGACCAAGUUCACCCUGGUGCUGUACGGCACGGCCCCUGAGGGGCUGCCCACGCCCGCCGAGAGCGCCGGCUGCAAGACCCUCGCUUCCGGCCAGGCCUGUGUGGUGUGCGAGGAAGGCUUCUCCCUGCACCAGAAGAACUGCGUCCAGCACUGUCCCCCAGGCUUCGCUCCCCAGGUCCUGGACACACACUACAGCACGGAGAACGACGUGGAGAUCAUCCGGGCCAGCGUCUGCACGCCCUGCCACACCUCGUGCGCCACGUGCCAGGGCCCCGCCCCCACAGACUGCCUCAGCUGCCCCAGCCACGCCUCCCUGGACCCCGUGGAGCGGAAGUGCUCGCGCCAGAGCCAGAGCAGCCGCGAGUCGCCCCAACAGCAGCCGCCCCCGCGGCCGCCGCCACCCCCCGGGCCGCCGCCCGCGGAGGUAGCGGUGGAGCCGCGACUGCGGGCGGACCUGCUGCCCUCACACUUGCCCGAGGUGGUGGCCGGCCUCAGCUGCGCCUUCAUCGUGCUGGUCUUCGUCACCGUCUUCCUGGUCCUGCAGCUGCGCUCGGGCUUCAGCUUCCGAGGGGUGAAAGUGUACACCAUGGACCGCGGCCUCAUCUCCUACAAGGGGCUGCCCCCCGAAGCCUGGCAGGAGGAGUGCCCGUCCGACUCGGAGGAGGACGAGGGCCGGGGCGAGAGGACCGCCUUUAUCAAAGACCAGAGCGCCCUUUGA